AUCAAUGCGAAAGCCUUUCUCGUAACGUGUUGCCGCUGCAGGAGUAAUGCGAUAUAUUCCCGGCACAUCUCGACUUCUUUUUGCCUGUUCGAUUACAAAUAAACAGUUCCUUAUAAACCAAUUAGCCCAAGCCAGGAAAAACUGGACGUAAUAUGCCGGGAUAUUAUUAUCGUUUAAGUACAUUGCACCACACUAUGCAACUGCAGACGACGUACUUAUACGACGACUAUGAGGAUGUCAUUGGCGUGGAUCUGGUGCAAAUUUUCCGACACAGUAAUCAUCCUGUGGAGAUUGCCUAUCUUCAAAAUCAGAGACUAUACACAGCACACGCGCGCCGCUGCAUCCUCAUACCAAACUCCUUAAACUAUUCGUAUACUGUUACUAUUUUUGGGUGAUCUUAAACUGACUAAGAAAAUCUAAUGGUGGGAUAUGUUUAGACAUAUUUUCCGCAGCGGGAUUCAUCUAGUCGGCUUCUUGGGUAGUGCUCUUCUAUUCUCUAGCCAGUCUGUUGUGCCUUUUAUGUGGUGGCGGAAUUUUUCCGCCUAAUGACAGCGAAACCGCGAUCAUCGGUUUCCUUUUCUUAACUGCUGGGGCAUCCUAUGAGUGUGUGUGUGUGCGCGUAUGGAAAAAGGCGUAAACAGUCUGUCAGUGCAGUGGGAAACGGUUUUCAAUUGGUAUUAGGGAAAAACUAACUCAAGCCGAUUCGUAAUUAACGGAUUGGUGUUGUGCCCGGGGCGGCAAUAUUGUGUUUUUGAGGAUUACAACGAGGACCGUUUGAAAACUGAGAAUGGACAUGCGGAUUAUAGCAUUAUCACUGCUCUUCCUGUCUUUGGGAUAUCCGAUCAGUAUAAAUGCCCAGGAAGCGGAGCCAUCAACGGAAACGCCGCUAGUCAAUACAGAAGCAUCAUCUACGCCAGCCGCCGCCGCCGACGUAGCAGAUGUGACUGAUCAUCCUCAUCCGGAUGAUCACUCGCAGCCUGCUGAGAGUGACCCGAAUCAAGCACCAGUUACUGAUCAGCCCCCUGAACAACAGGAGCAACACCCAGAACAGCAGCAGCAUCAAGAGCCGCCGGCCGAAGCAGAUCCGGAGGCGCUGCACCGUACACAGCCGACGCAUCUCCCUCCUGCACCGGAUGCGGAAGACAAUCAUGUUCAUCCAGAAGAGCUGGGCGGCUAUCCUGAGCCCGCGCACACGGCACAGAGCGAUAUUCCGGUCAAAACAAGCGUCCAGUCGACAUUUAAGUUCGGCAGUGAGGAGCGCUGUUUCCAUUUCCUUAAGCGACUCAAGAGCAAGGGAAAAAACGAACAUAGUGAUCAUCCGCUGACAUGCGGCCAGGCCUUCGAUGGAUUACUGUGCUGGCGUCCAGCCGAUCCCGGUGAAACGCUAUUACAAGUUUGCCCCGAUGGUCCGACGAAUACACGAUCGUACGCCAAAAGGGAAUGUGUGAACGGACGCUGGAGAGACUACGGCAAUGUGAAUGAGAAUUUGGUGCUGCGUGGCAUCAAGGAAAGCGACUACACCGACUGCAUGCAAGUCCCGAGUUUCGUAAGGAAGCACGCACAACUUGUGCGGCAGGAUCUACCAGCACCGCACAGUGCCGAGCUGCAGCCUGGACAGGGCGGCGGCGUGAGAGAAUACGGUUUCUCAUCACCUGCUCCCACCAUACAGAAUCAGGAGCAUCCUUAUGGACCCCGACCGGAAGAGCAGCACACCACAGCCGCGACGUACGAUCCUAGCGCCUCGAUUGCUCCGCCUAAACCAUGGAACUUUGUGGAUGUUAGGGAAUGCGAAGAUCUCCUCAAGCGCUACGGAUUCGAGACUAACGCUGAUGGCAGCGGCUGCCGUGGCAAUCACGAUGGUAAGAUGUGCUGGCCAGCCACUGCUGCCGGUACGGAGGCCCAUCAGCCCUGUCGACGACCGGCGUCCGGUCAGGAUCCGAGCCAAAUACCCCAGGCUACGCGAUACUGCGGCACGGACGGCACCUGGAAUGCCAGCAAGUCCGAUGGAAGUAUCGCGCCGGAUGCGGAUCCGGUGAACAAUAUUGGAUGGACCAAUUACGAAGCAUGUGAUGCGUACGAAGCGGCACUUGCUGCAGCUGUUAGUGCGGCGGCUGCGGCUGCUAAUGCCGUCACGGAAGCACCGAUCGCUGGUGCCGGGGUGGCGGGACAAGGGAUCGUACUGAAGCCGGAUGCCAACACGACAGCGAUACCGGUAGCAGAGGUAACAACCGAGGCGGCAGCGGUGACUGGCAGUACCAUGGCCUUAACGUCCAAUGCCGGUGCCGCUGUACAGCAAGCCAUGUGGAGACUGAUCCCGGCCCAGUGCGAUGAGAUGCUGAAAAGGAACAGCCAGCUUGAGCCUAAAGAAGCUGGUGGAUGUCGAGGAGGUACGGACGGUAAUAUAUGCUGGCCAGCCGCUAAUAAAAACUCGGAGGCAAUGCUACAAUGCCCGCAGAUGAUUGGUCUGGAUCAGAGCAAGAAAAUCUCCAGAAAGUGCGAUGCAAAUGGUGCUUGGACCAAAGCAAGCUAUGUCGAUUGUCUGACAGCGGAAAUCAAGGAUGUUGUCCAGCACGAUUAUCAUCUUUUACAUCCCAGCUCCGCACCGAAAACCCUUGCACUAAUGUUGCCUUUGGUUUUUCUAAAUUUUUUAAUAACUGUGUUUUUGUAACAACAGUGGCAAUUUAAUGAUCGAUACGGUGCGACUGCCAGAUUUUUGUUACGGAAUUUUAUGAUGUAUUGCGCAUACUCGUAAUAUCUCGCAUCGGUAUUUUCCAUUGGAAAACACAAAAUAAUUAAUGGAGCGUUUGAACAUACAGGGUGGUAUCCGUUAGUUGGUUAAGUUUGCAUUUGAUUCGUUAGUUCUGUUAGUUUAUGUUUAAUUCACAGAUGUAAAUGCAAGUACAGAUUACGAAUAUGGUUCGAGCAAAUUAAAUUGUGAGUACUAUGUGGAA